GCAUGCGUGAAAUACUCAAAAAAUUCGCCAAUGUGUCCGUCAACGAUGUGGUGGGUAUGCGUGCGCCGUUCUUAAAACCCGGACGCAAUACACAAUACAAGGUUAUCGAAGACUUCGGUUACAUCUAUGACAGUUCGAUUACCGUGCCACCAGUCAAUGUACCCAUCUGGCCAUACACGCUCGACUUUAAAAUCUCACAUGAAUGCAAGAGCGGCACGUGUCCGUCGAAGAGCUUCCCCGGCGUUUGGGAGGUGCCACUCAACACUCACUAUGUCGAAGGUUAUGAAGGCGGUCACUGUCCCUAUCUGGAUCAAUGUGUGCUACACAAUUUGGACGAGGAAGAGAUAUUCGCUUGGCUGCAAGAGGACUUCACACGUUACUAUGAACAGAACAAGGCACCCUACAUGAUGCCAGUCCAUACGAAUUGGUUCCAGACGAAGCCACUGGAAAAUGGCCUGCAUAAAUUCCUUGAUUGGGCACUUGAACUACCCGAUGUCUAUAUUCUAACCAUCACCCAAAUGCUGCAAUACAUGACCGACCCAAAGGAGUUGCGUGACAUCAACACCAUCGAAUCAUGGAAGUGCGACAAAAGUGUUGCUGUUGCACCAAAGCCAUGCAACAUUUGGAAUACCUGUGCGCUGCCCUUCAAGAUACCCGAACAGAAUGUAACGGACACACGCUACAUGGAGACUUGCCGCGAAUGUCCCAAUGUCUAUCCAUGGUUGGGUGAUGCCGGUGGUACUGGCAUUUCAGGACGUGACAAUUACAUUUUCUCUGGGCCAGCGAGCGCUGGCGAUGGCGAGGGUGAUGAUGCUGGCAGUGAUGAUGAGAAUUAGAGCGCAAUGGAGGAUAGUAGCAGCAGUGCAGUACGUACGUAUGUAUGUAUGUAUUUAGGUGGUUGAAAAGGUGCGCUAAGCUAGUGUGUAAGCUGUAAUCAACCUAAAAAGUUUUAAGGGUCAGGUGACAAGUGUCAACUGACAGCUGCUGUUAACUGUCAAUUGCCAACUACAUACAUACAUACACGAGUGUGAAGUGUUUUGUGUUUACCUUUGUAGUUUUGUGUUUGGUUUUGUUAUCUUCUAUAGGUAUUUUUUAAUUUGUUAAAUUUUCCAUCAUUUAUUAAAUGUGCCAAUUAGUGUUUACAAAACAAUUUUACUGCUACCCCUGCUUUGAUGUCUCAAUGCGAUAGCUCUUCUUAAACGUAAUUUUUUUUUUCAAAAUUGUUUUUAAUUUAAUUUUGUUUUUCAAAAUACUCAGCCUUUUGGCUUGUUUUAGUUUAUAAGCCAUGAAAUCGUGUCAAUCGUAGACAUUAAGCAAAUAUAAGCAAAAUAAAUUUCUGUUUUAAAUAAGAAACUGACUAUGAAUGAAAACAGGUGAUCUUUAUUUACUAGAAAAGCUAUGCUGU